AUGCACCCCGGGGUGCCCGCAGCCCCAGGGGUCUCUGAGCCCGGCCCCCAGGAGCUGUGCGCCUUCGUGAGCGGGGCGGCAGCCCACAUGCUGCGGGUCCUGCAGCCUCGACGCAGCCGGAUCCCCAAGAGGAGGCCCAACCACAAGAGGUUCCUACUUAACCAGAUUUGCAGACAGUUUGCCAAGAUCGAAGCGGCCACCCAGCACCUGGCCUUGUCCAUCCUGUCCCAGGAGGCGCCUCCUCAGAGACCCCUGCCCCAGAGGCCACCCCUGCCACCCCCUUCCCCCUUCCUGGGAGUGGCCUGCGCUGUGGCCCCCGUCGAGGUGUCCCGCCGAGCUGUCCCCAGCCUGUGCCUGGAAGCCCUGGACGCGUCCACCCUGGACCUCUUCGAAGACAUCGCACUCACCCCGGAGUGUCCCCCUGUGAUGUCUGACCCCUCUUCUUGGCUGCUGCCCCCUGCCGCCGCCACUACCCUGCUGGGCUCAGACCUGCCCAAUCAUGCUCUGAGCCAGCCCUUGCCCCUGACCCAACACGCCCUAGGCGGAGGGGAUGAGCUUCUGGGUCCAGAUUGGGGGUGGGAAAUGCCUUGUGCCUGGGGUCCUCAGGGGGUCCCUGAGGGCUGGGGAGGUUGCUUCCAGUGA